AUGGGAGUCAUCUCGCACACCCUCAUCGCGCGCUCCGCAGUGGUCCUCUCGGACCAUCCCUCCCGCAUCCUCACCAACCUCUCCCAUCUUCUGGGUUGGAUAUACACCGUCUCCUGGUCGCUGUCCUUCUACCCGCAGGUGAUUCACAACUACACCCAUCGCUCUACCAUCGGUCUCUCUACCGACUUUGUCUUUCUCAAUGCUGUCGGGCACACUUCGUACUUCGUGUACAACUUCUUGCUGUUUUACUAUGAGCCUGUCCGACGGGCCUAUCGCCACGCACAUGGUGGGAGGGAUUCGGUAGUUCAGCUGAACGACUUUAUCUUUUCCCUUCACGCGACGAUUCUUGCGCUGUUCACCCUAGCUCAGUACCUCUGGUAUAGGAAACCGAACCAGCAUCUUUCUCGAACCGUCUCGCUUUCGCUGGCGUUGGUGCUGACGCUGACGGUAUUCGCCCUAGGUGCGAGACGCUUGAAACUCGUCUCCUGGCUCAACAUCGUCGACUUUGCUUCUUCCAUCAAACUCUUCAUCACCCUCACAAAAUACCUACCCCAAAUCAAACUCAACAAGGACAGAAAAAGUACCAAAGGUUUCGCCAUCGAAAACAUCCUCCUCGACCUAACCGGUGGUGUGCUCAGUCUAGCCCAACUCUUCAUCGAUUCCGUCUGGAUCCAAGGCAGUUGGCAGGGUGUGACGGGAGAUUGGGGAAAACUCGCUCUAGGCGCUCUGAGCAUCGCUUUCGACGCAGUGCUCUGUUGGCAGCAUUACGUGUUGUAUGGUGAUAAGGAACCGGAGAGGGAGGUUCAGAGAGAGGCGGUAGAGGUAGAAGAUGAUGAGGAGGAAGGAGAGCAAGAUGCUGGAUAUGGUGCUGCUGAAAGUGGCAGCUCAAGGUCCAACCGUGCAGGAGACACGGAAUCAUCGGCUCUGCUACGCUAG